AUGUCCCGACGAACAUCCCGUGCGACAAUGUGGAAGCGUUCUCUCUUUCACGAGUCCGUCAAAGGAUCAACGCGAAGGUUCCGUUGUUCUCUGCUCAUACUUUUUUUGCUUGCGGCUUAUUUCCGCACUGCGAGGCAUGCGAGGCACUGGAACUCGGAGACCAACUUCGACCUCGACCCUUGCACCCAAAACUAUCCUGCAGCUGCUGAAAAACUGUACCACGAUCGAGGUGAACGUAAACUUGUCGUGGAGGUUUCGCAUGGUCUGGGGAAUCGAUUGAGAGCCAUUUCCUCGGCUGCAGCUUUGGCUCGUAUUUCGAAUCGCCAGCUACACGUAGUGUGGAUUCAGGAUCUUCACUUGAAUGCCUCUAUCCGUGAUCUGUUUUACGUUUCUGAUAGUCAAAUAAUCGAGCAAUCUUACUUACAGUGCGCGCUGAGCUCCGAGACGUAUGUCGUCUAUGACUACUUGAGCGAUCCGGUGGACGAAAGCAGACGCCCGAAAAUCAAUACUCACAUAAGCGAGCAUAUUUACAUUCGCACCGCCUACAGGGUGAUCGGCAAAGAGAAAGACGAUUACGCCGCAAGUUUGGCGAAGGUUAUGCUUUCUAGAUUAAGGCCGUCGCCCACUGUUUUAGACUUUGUCAACCGGAUAGAAAAGCAAUUAAUGGUCCAAACUGGUCAAUCGACACGUGGAACCGUUGGAGUGCACAUACGGAUGCAAUCAGACCUUGAGCGAGACGUCCCAGGAAUCAGCAGCUUAGGAAACAUGGACGUUCGAGGCGCCACUUCUAGAAUGCUCGACGUUGCUGCGCUGAGACACAGGUGUCACUUCAAGCAUUUCCUGAAUAUAAUAAGGAUCAGGCAGCUUGAAGACCCUUUUGCGAGUACAUACAUCAUAUCUUCAGACUGCACGGAAGCACGUGACGGCAUGAUUCAGGAACUUGGGUCCAAAGCGUUCGUCCCGGAGCUGCCAGAAUACAGAGGGUGCAUGGAUGGUAAUCCAAGGAACACUGUUUGUGUCCAACUUGCACUUGCUGAGAUGCUGAUACUUUCGAGAACUUCCUCGUUCAUCUAUUCUUCUCAUAGCUCAUUUUCAGAAGUUGUAGCCUUGCUCGGCGGAUUCACACGUGGUCGUGGCAAUCUCGAGUCUGGGUGUUUGGGUGGGCCGGAUUUGCUUUUUAAGUGA